UGAGGUCAUGAAAGAAUGGGAGAACGAUUCCGUGCGGAGAAGGUCCGACUUGCGGCACAACAACAGGCCGCCACGACCCGACCGAAACUCUUCGCACCGGACCCGAAGUCGACCUCCACGACAACACGUCAAUUGGUGGUCAAGAUGAAGAACCCUCAACCAGUAAGGGAACCUUCCGUGCAGAUCCAGGACGAAUUACUGGAUUCAAAGGUGAUCAACUCGGCUAACUCGGCUAAGUUGUCACGGAGGGAAAAGAAGAAGGCUAAGAAAGAAGCCAGAAAGGAAGCUGAAAAGGAGGUGACCAAACAACCUCCGAAGGAACCGACUAAACCGAGGUCGGACCUUUCGAUUAAGACGCCGAAACCUAACCCGGCCAAACGGCAUAAGUCCUCCGAAGACCUUGAUACCUCAGACGCUGGCCCACAGAAGCCGGACAAAAAGGGGAACGCCAAGGAGGAAUUUGACUACGACGCAGCCAAACAGCGGAUGCGAGAACUGAUCGCCAGAGCAGGUACAGCGGUGACCAAAACAGAGGCCGAAAGACCACACGAAAGGUCUAAGCCGACGCCUAAGCCACCACUCAAGCAACCGAAACCUGCUACGUCCAAGAAAGAUUCGGACGACGAAUCGGAGAAACCGUCGGAACCUGACGACGAGAUCUCCGACCAUGGAGAAGCCGACCCAUACGAAGGAUUCAAAGGCGAUCGUAAUGAAGAAUGGAGUCACGAAGAAGACACUGACGCUUCUGAAUGGCCAGCCCCCGAUGACGUACGUCAGCGGCUACCCGACGCUCAACCUGGCGACCGACCAGUCGGAUUUCAUACGGUCCGACUUCACGUCGAAAUAGUCAGAAGCGUCAGGAAUGCCCGAAAUGAAGGCAGAGAUGUGUACCAGUCAUUGGUGCGCGACCUCUCGACCAACUUAAGGAUCGUAGGUCGGACCUCACCCUGGCUCACACAGAAACUUAUGAUGGCUAUAGUGGCAUGGGCCUUGGACUUUGGAUUAGCCGUAGCGGUCCACCGACAAUGGGGACGGACCGCCGAGCUAAUCGCACCGGACAUCAUUCAAAAGCUCAAAAGUGCCGCUGCCAGAGCACUGGACGACCCGCCGACGAGAAUCGUCAGAUGCAUCGGAUACGCAAGAAACCCCCGCGGAUCCUCCUUACUACAUAUCGCCCGUAUAUACAACGUUAUGUACGAGAACAGCCAAGGCAAUAUUGACGUCAUAAUGGGCCUCUUAGGACCUGUCAUCGCAACGAUGGUGGCAGAGUUUUCCCUCCAUACGACCAACGCGGAACGCGAUUUACCACUUCGGUACACAGUACCUCGGUUCAUACCGGAACAGCAACGACGCGAUUUCAAACUCCGGAUAUCCUAUAUCAACCUACAGUCCUCUCCCGAAGGUACUGAAACGGUCGUCGAGGAGUACAGUGAGUCGGAUGAACAACCAUCCGGCGAGGCGGCGGACAUGUUGAACAUUGCACGGGCGUCAGGUAUGUCGUCACAGAAACGACUACCAACCAACCGACCUCGGGCACCGUUUGAACCGGUAACAUAUGUCAACACCGCCUCGGCACCAGCAAGGGCAAGUGCAACUAAGCUAGGUCGGACUACAACCGGACGUUUUGCGGUGAAAGACACGCAAUCUCUUCCACCGACCUCACCUAUGGAAACUUCACCGGCUCCGGAAGGUAAGACUCUACGAAAGAGUCAACCCAAACCGCUGAAAUCAAGGAAGAAGUCGGUGAAGACCAAGGAGAAAACGCCCUCUGAGGAAGAAGAUGAAGAAGAAGAAGAUGAGGACGAUGACGACACCUAUCAAACACCAGAAGGGUCGGAGGAUGACGAUAACGACGAUGACGAUCAACCUCCACCAGCUUCGGCACCACAACAGCAGGGUGAACCGGAGAUUUUUGACAAUCAGAACGAACCACCGGCCAACGACGGCAACGAAGCUGACGAGCCGAUGGAUGAAGAUAGUGGUGACGUCUACGUUCCUCAGAACUACCGUCAACAAGUACGGUUAACACCAGAUUCCGACCCGAACCAACUCCUCCAGGAAUGGAACGAGGAUACCCAGGAAGUCCUACCGCUACAGAUUCCUAGCCUACCGAAGGUAUUGCUGGUAUUUCUGCUUUUGCUAUCAGUGGCCGAACUGAUAUACAACUUGGCUUACUGGUCACCGCACAGCAAUUCAAACAUACCGGAAGUGGAUCUGAUUGCCCCUGCCGUGCGGGCUAUAGCCAUGCUUGUAGCCGGCGCUUAUACGGCAUGGGAUCAUAAGUACGCUCGAUCCUCUUCGGGGAUUCUCAGUCUGUUCUGGCUGCUGAUGAUGUUUUGCGAGGCGAUUAAUUUUUGGAAUACUAUAGAAGUUGUACAAAAAGCGACUGAACAUCCUUUUAUUUCUUUUCUCCGUCUUGGAUGGCUGCCGUUGAUCUUCAUGCAGUUUAUUCUGACAACGUUUUUUGGAGGAAGCAUCUCUCACCACAGCGGAAUGAAUCCAAACCCCGAGGAAAGUGCAUCAUUUUUCAGUCAGCUGACUUUUUGGUGGUUCAACCGAAUGGGAAUACUGGGCUGGCGUCGACCUUUACUGCAAAAAGACAUGUACGACAUGCAGUCAGAAGAUUCGGCACACGUUGGGGUCACUGAGCUACAGAAAAACUGGGAAGAAGAAGUAAUCACAGCAAAAAGAAACCAAAAGGAUCCUUCAUUUUUUCAAGCCAUGUUUCGCACCUUUUGGAAACCGCUGUCAGCCACACUGGCUAUGCGGGUUCUGAACGAUGUUUUGAUUUUUGUAUCACCCGUCAUUUUGCAAUUGUUAAUAAACUUUGUGGAGUCAAAAACUGAACAUGCAUGGAAAGGUUACUUCUACACUGUCGCCAUGCUCCUCACGCAAGUUUGUCAAACGAUCCUACUCAACUUCUAUUUGAAAUACUGCUUCCGGUUUGGUUUACAUAUGAAAUCGGCGGUCAUUGCUGCCGUGUACCGUAAAGCCCUGAGGAUUACAAGCGCUGUCAAACAAGCCAGCAGCGUUGGAGAGAUUGUCAAUUUGAUGUCUAUUGAUGCACAGCGUUUUGUGGAUUUUAUGGGAUUCAUCCAUGUACUGUGGUCUGGUCCAGUGCAAAUUACUUUAGCGGUACUUUUCCUGCAAAGAUUGUUCGGGACAUAUCCGGCGCUGGCUGGACUUGCCGCUAUCCUUAUUACAUUGCCAUUAAACGCGUACACUUUUAGCCGAGUUGGAUUAUUGCAGUCGACACAAAUGAAAGAGAAAGAUGGUCGCAUUAAGCUCAUGAAUGAAAUUCUCAACGGUAUCAAGGUCCUAAAACUUUACGCAUGGGAAGUGCCGUUCCAGGAUGAAAUCUUGAAGAUCCGCGAUCGUGAGUUGCGAAUAUUGCGCAAGGCGGCCAAUUAUGGCGUGGUGUCAUAUGUGGCAUGGAUUAUGUCACCGUACGCUGUGGCACUGGCGACCUUCGCCACGUACGUCCUCUUGGAUCCCAAAAACCAGUUAACCGGCGCCAACGUCUUUGUGGCACUGUCCAUUACGAACAUCCUGCGUGUGCCGCUGUCCUUGCUGUCACCGGCUGUACUGUUAGCCAUUCAGGUCGGUGUUGCUAUAAAACGCAUCAGCAAAUUUCUGAAAAAUGAGGAGUUGAAUCCGAACAACGUGCAGCCGUUACCGCUUGAGUCGCCGAACGGCGUGACCAUUGCCAAUGGCACAUUCACCUGGAAUGACACUGAUGCCGUGUGCUUGAAGGAUAUUAAUAUCAACGUACCCAAUGGGAAGCUGGUGGCCAUCGUCGGCCAGGUUGGAUCGGGCAAAUCAUCCGUCUGCUCCGCUAUGCUGGGAUUAAUGGAGAAAAUCUCCGGCACUGUUGGUCUCAAGGGAGAGAUUGCCUACGUUCCGCAGCAAGCAUGGAUUCAGAAUUUGACAGUAAAGGAAAACAUUCUGUUUGGCAAGGAAAUGCGGCGAGAGUACUACGAUAAGGUCAUCAAGGCGUGCGCCUUGACGACAGAUCUGGAGUCGUUACCGGCUGGAGACGAGACAGAAAUCGGUGAACGUGGGACCAACAUGAGUGGUGGUCAGCGGCAGCGGAUCAGUUUAGCCCGUGCCACUUAUACCGAUGCAGAGGUGUAUAUUUUCGAUGAUCCUCUAAGCGCCGUAGAUGCCCAUGUGGGCAAACAUAUCUUUGAGCAAGUGAUUGGUCCGCGAGGACUACUUAAAGGAAAGACCCGCGUCCUGGUGACCCAUGGCAUCGGCUUCCUUCCGCAAGUCGAUCAGAUCAUCGUCCUCAACAACGGGACCGUUUCGGAAACUGGCACCUACAAAGAGCUGCUGCACAACAACGGCGCUUUUGCUGAAUUCCUCCGCACCUACGUGACAGAGGCCAUGAACGACGAGGAAACCGCCGACCCGGAGGUGUUAGCGGUCACCGAACAGAUCUUGGAGGAAAUCGCCGAUGAAGCUGGCUCCAUGGCGCUGCGCAAAGUGUCGCGUAGUUCUCUGAAAAAAGUCCGUGAUGUCUUCCGUCGCGCUUCGAUGUUGUCGGAGAAACGCGAUAAAAAGCAGUCGCUAAAGGAGGCGGCGGAGAAGGAGACGGCAGAGAAAGGGAAGUUAGUAGAAGAGGAGAAAGCGGAGGUCGGCAUCGUCAAGUGGAGCGUGUAUCUCAUGUUCUUCAAGCAGAUGUCGUACGCGGCGGGUGCCGCACUGGUCAUUCUGUACGGGAUUUACAGUGGGUUGGGCAUUGCCGGUAAUUUCUGGCUAACGGACUGGGCCAAGGAUUCCGAGAAGAACUGGACGGAAAUUGGGUUGGAUCAAAUUACGCCACAGCGGGAUUUUCGCCUGGGAGUCUACGGAGGAUACGGUUUAGCGCAAAUUUUGUUCGGACUGAUGUUCGCCCUGGUACUUGCCAGUGCCAGAAUUCGUGCCGGACGCAAGCUUCAUGAACAUCUGCUGGCGCGAAUUCUCCGAGCGCCAAUGUCGUUUUUUGACACCACUCCCAUUGGUCGAAUUGUCAAUCGUUUUAGCCGCGACAUCGACACCGUGGAUAUUCUCAUUCCCGGAAAUCUAGACUUUUUUCUCUAUUGCAUAUUUGGAGUCGUAUCUACCGUUGUUGUGGUGCUGGUCAAUAAUUAUUACUUCAUCGCUCUUGUUGUGCCAUUGGGAAUUUUCUAUUUUUUCAUGCAGCGGUUCUUCAUAUCCACCAGCCGUCAACUGAAACGUCUGGAGUCCGUGACCCGCUCGCCUAUCUUCUCUCAUUUUCAAGAAUCCAUCGCCGGCACCGGUGUCAUCAUUGCCACUAAGCAGACAGACCGUUUCAUCCUGCAUAACGAGCGUUUAAUUGACAUCAACAACUCCUCGUUCUACCUGAACAUAGUGGCUGCACGAUGGAUCUCGGUUCGACUGGAGUGCCUGGGCAUCUUGAUCACCUUCGCAGUGGCCCUGUUUUCCGUGAUCAGCCGCAACGCCAACUGGAAUAUCGAUCCCGAUCAAACCGGCUUAUCCAUCAGCUACUCGUUAUCGGUCAACGUGUUGCUCAAUUGGUUACUGUGGGUGUCCAGUGAAAUGGAAAGCAAUAUCGUAUCCGUGGAAAGAAUUAAGGAAUAUACCGAAGUUCCUCAGGAAGCGCAAUGGAUCAACACGGGUGUCCGUCCUUCACCCGGAUGGCCACAGGCCGGGCAUGUGGAAUUUAAAAACUACCAGACACGCUACCGCCCUGGAUUGGAUUUAGUGCUGAAGGGUAUUGAUGCACAAAUUAAAAGUGGCGAAAAGAUUGGCAUCGUUGGACGUACUGGGGCGGGGAAGAGCUCGAUGACCUUAGCGCUGUUUCGCAUCAUCGAAGCAGCCGGAGGAGCGAUUAACAUUGACGAUGUCAACAUUGCGGAUCUUGGACUGCAUGAUGUACGGUCGAGGAUCACGAUUUUGCCACAGGAGCCGGUGCUGUUCACUGGUACUUUGCGGAUGAAUCUGGAUCCUUACAAAAAACACACUGACGAAGAAAUCUGGAGUGCAUUGGAACAUUCCCAUCUGAAACGGUUUGUGUCCACUUUGCCGGAAGGAUUACAGCACAACGUUGUGGACGGUGGAGAAAAUUACAGUGUUGGACAACGACAGCUAAUUUGUUUGGCGCGAGCGCUGUUGAGAAAAACCAAGAUUCUGGUGUUGGACGAAGCAACAGCCGCUAUUGAUCUGCAGACUGAUGAUCUUAUCCAGCAGACAAUUCGGGAUAAAUUUGCCGACUGCACUAUCCUCACCAUUGCACACCGCAUCAACACAAUUAUGGACAGCGACAGAAUUAUGGUCCUCAAUGCCGGAUUCGUACAAGAGUUUGCCUCGCCCGCUGACCUUCUACAAGACCACAAUGGCUUAUUUUACAGUUUAGCGAAAACUGCUAAUCUUGUCGACUAAAAAGUUAUGUGAAUUCAGAAAAUAUUUAAGAAAUUUGUAAGUAACAGCAGAAAAUGCAACUGCUUCCGGAAAACGAAAAGAAAGAAAAAAAACGCUGCAAAACCAGCGGUGCAGAAA